AUGAAAAUCUAUUUGUUUUUCAGAUUGGAUCCAAAGAAGUUUAAGCUCAUUAAUGAUACGAUUUUGCCAAAAGCUGUCAGUUUUUGGGAGAAGGCCCUGUCGGUUCGCCGAGCAGAAAGUGUGAUUCGUCUAACCAGAAAAUGCAAUGAUUCGCAAGUGUUCAUCAAUAAUGGUUGGACCCACUGUAUUAAUACGUGUAAGGAAAAAACGGAGUGUGGGCAAGUCGAAGUCCCAGAGGGACAUCUAGACGCGUGUAGAGUUUGUAAUUCUACUGGCCAAAAUUGUGGAAUUGCUAAAGGUUCACAUGCUGGAAAAGGUAUUGUAGAUUCCGACUUCGUCUUGUAUGUAUCUGCCAUGGAAUCAGAAAGAUGCAAUAAAACUUUAACUGUGGCUUACGCCGCAUAUUGUCAACAGGAGAAUACUCUAGAUCGCCCAAUCGCAGGUCACGCAAAUUUAUGUCCCGAGAGCAUUAGUACAAGGCAACAAGACAUUGAAAUCUUACUAGCAACAGUCAAGCACGAGAUUCUCCACGCACUGGGUUUUUCGAUUAGCUUGUACGCAUUUUACAGAGAUGCUGAUGGAAAUCCACUUACUCCUAGGAGCAAAGAGACAGGGAAACCACCACUCAACGAAAAACUUGAAAUAUAUCAGUGGAGUGACAAGGUUAUUAAAACCUUCGUCAGGAACAACUGGCUGGUGAGAAGUGGCUAUGUUAAAAAAGAAGUUCAGAUGAUAGUGACGCCUAACGUUGUCCGAGAAGUUAGAAAGUUUUUUAACUGUAGUGAACUGGAAGGUGCCGAAUUAGAAGACCAAGGAGAGGACGGAACAGCUUUGACCCAUUGGGAGAAAAGAGUACUUGAGAAUGAAGCCAUGACUGGCAUACACACCCAGAAUCCCAUAAUAUCUAGAAUAACGUUAGCACUUAUGGAAGAUACUGGCUGGUACAUAGCCAACUACUCAAUGGCAGAUACAAUGUCGUGGGGCAGGAACCUCGGUUGCGACUUCGUCAUGAGAAGUUGCAAGGAUUGGAUCACCACAAAAUCCGCUAGAGGCUUUUCUAUUCACCCCUUCUGCAACAAAGUGAAAAGAGAUCCUUUGCAAACCGAAUGCACAGAUGAUCGGACUUCAGUGGCUCUUUGUAACCUUGUAGAACACAAGGAACCACUUCCAAUCAUAUACCAGAACUUUGAUAGCCUCCAGCACGUUGACAGCGGCAAGGAAGGAUUUUAUGGAGGGUCGAUAUCACUGGCUGAUUAUUGUCCUUACAUUCAGGAGUUCACGUGGCGAUCUAAAAAUGUAGUUGUGCGUGGAUCUCACUGCCAGUAUUCAGAAAAUAAUCCUACUCCUGACAUGAAUUUUGCUUUGGAAAAAUACGGUGAAAAAUCCCGUUGCUUUGAACACACCAAUCAACUGUGGGACGAGAGAUCGUGUAAGCAAGUGAGGCAGUGGGUACAUUGGGGAUCUGGAUGCUACGCUUAUAGAUGUGAAAAUGGAAGGCUUCAUAUAUUGGUGGGAAAUUAUUCUUAUGAAUGUUACCAUGCCAACCAGGAAAUUUCUAUUAGGAUCAUUAGCAAUGGCUGGCUUCAUAAGGGAGCCAUCGUCUGCCCUCCAUGCAAAGAAAUAUGUGCCAAAGAAUUUAGCUCAAGAGGUGAACGUUGCAAGGCUGGUGACGAAUCUCCCCCAUCUACAUCAUACCCAAGAGAUGACCUCGAGUGCAGCGGAGAUAUAACAGGAGUUAACGAUGUGGUCGUUUCUGCUGCAUUAGUUGUAGCUGUGUUUGUGAUCUGAUAUUGUAACGAAUACUUCUCAAAGUAUGAGAUAUUGGAAAUGAGAUUUUAGUGUUUUCACGACAUACAUAUUUGUCACGACUGAUUUUGCAAAAAAUACUGAAAUCUCUUCUUUCAGAAUUGGUUUUAAUAUUGUUACCGCUCAAAUUUUCGACAUAAAAACAUCCCAGGUUUAAGUAAAUCGAUAACAAUCAAUUUUUUAAUAUGUGAUAACCAAUAUACCAGGGAGUUUUCAAUUAAAAUACUUCUACAAUGAAGCAAAAAUGCAAUUAGUAUUUUUAGCACUAACAGUACCGUUCUAAGCUUAGUAUUUCCAGUUAUCCAGUUUGUUUUCGAUGUUGGCACGAUAUUUUAAAACUACAUAACUCUAUGGCAGCUCGGUGUUAUACAUAUAUAUGUUCUUCAGCUAGUUAAGUAGUUGAAUAUCAUUUUACACCAAUAACUUUGCAUUGCAUAUUAUCGAGUAACUGAGUAAGAAUGGAGUUCCUGGUGAACAUCAAAUUUCAACUACAUUAGUGUUAGAUCAAGUAACAGGGAAGAUCUAAGUGGAUAUUAAUCGAUUUUUAAUAUAUACUGAACAAAGACCAAAAAUUGGAAAGCUAGUUUUUCUAUUGACAUUUCGAUUUCUAUUCAACAAAUUCUUCUCACAGUAACAAAAAAAAAAUAUAGAAAAUAAUGAAAUUAUUUAAAUUUUGAGAACGAUUUCUAGACUCAUAUGGACCGUGCAUUUGAAGAUGUAAGUUCUACUAAAAAUAAUGUGAUAUUUUUGUUAAUAGAUACAAUACUCCGACGAUAAAGUAUAGCAUCACUUAUAGGCUAUAAUACUAUCAACAAUCAAUCUAAUGUAUUUAUAACAUCGUUAUUCUAAUAUAAGCU